CAAGCACUACAAGUAUCGUUAACUUUUAUUUAAAUAAAUCUAAAAUCCAAAAAUUGGCUAUAACUUAAGAAGUAAUUUAAAAGAUUUUUAGCUACCUUAAGAUUCAAUUUACUCCAAGGUACAUAAUUCGAACUUAAAAUAUAGGUAGCGUAAAUUUAAAUUUAUUUUAAUAUCAAUGAAAUGUAUAGUAGUUAUUAUUUAUUGAAUUGUUUUAUAUUUAUGUUCGUGUAUUCAUUUUAUUUAAUUACCAUACAGAUUAAUUUGAUACAAAUAUAAUAUUUUCAUUACUACACUAAUUUCUGUGUGUAAAGUAAAUUUCAAUUAUAAGUUAAUCAUUUCACAAUUGCCAUAAUAGAUACUUUUAUUGUAACUAUACUAAGAAUAACUAAAAUAUUACUUGUUAUUAAAUUUAAAAUUAUUUUUCGUUCUACCAUAAAAUAAUAUUAACUAUUUUAUUUAUGUUUUAACACCUGCUUACUUUUCAUAAUGUAUUUUAUUUAAUUUUGUUUGUACAUAAACAUUUAUAAGAAAAAUAUUUUGUUUUGAGUUAAAAAUAUUGUCAAAUGAUAACUAGGUAUUUAUUUGUUCAAUUUCAAACCAAUUCCAUUAUUGUUAAUUGAUGUUCAUUUUUUUUAUAUAUAUAUUUCCUCAAGAAUUUCUUCGUACAUCUAGGUAUGUCUGUUUUUAUUAUUAUUUAAUUUUAACUGUCAUCUUGUCGUAAUUAAAACUAAUGUUUUCCUUAUGAACCACAUAUUUUCGAAAUAAGUCAGGAUUCUUUUUUAAGUAUGGUUAGCAGAUAAAUUGUAUUAUUAACUGAUCAGAUGAAAUGUUGUAAUUUGUAUGUGUACUUUCGUUUUUAUAAUAUAUCAUUUAUUCUAUUUUAUUAAUUUAUCAUAAUUUUUAAUAUUUAACCAAAAUAAAAUAUAAUGAUUAGGUAAAAUAUAUAUGUUCUAUCAAAAAAAAAAACUACCAGAAUAAUACCUCAAAAAUCUUAUAUUAAAAUUGUGAAGUUUAAUAUACCUUGUUUAAUUGUCCAAACAUAGUAUUUUAAAUACAAUUUGUUAUAAAUUUUAGGAAAAUAUCAAUAAGUCGUAAAUACAUUGUACUAAAAUAUUUUCAAUCACAAAUCCAAAAUGGCCUACAAUCAUUUCUAUACUGGACUACUGGAGUUCGGAAUAGCAAAAAUAAACGUAUAUAAUAUGCCAUAUUCUAUUCGUAAUAUGCGUAUAAACCACGGUAUAGGGUAGGUAUGUAUUUAGCUUGAAUUGUUUGAAAUUUGUGCGUGUGUUUGUGUGUUAGUGUGUCGACAUUAUUGCGAGUGCGUGCGACUGUAUUUUUUGUAUUUUGUGUAGUUGGUAAUGGUGUAAGCCUCGUAAUAUUUGUGCCUGUGUGUUUGGUUCUUUACUUGCGUGUGCGUGUUUAAUGUGUAGUAGGUACCGUAUUUUUGUAUGCGUGUGUAUGUAUGUUGGCUGCAUUCUAUCUUCCGACUUCCAUAGUGAAAUUAUUACAUUUCAACAAAAGGCAUUAAAAUUAAUUUUUCAAGUGUACAAAAAACUACUAAAAUAAUAUUGUUUUUCUAGUUUGGUAAUUACAACUAUAACCAAGUAAAUGGUGUUAAUAAAAAAUUAGACGCAAGGCGCAUCAAGGAUACAUUUUAUUCCCUUUUGAAAAUCAUUAACAGUUCACCCGUGGUGGUGUGGACUACGUGACAUUUUAGAAAUGUGGGAUGGACGUCCAUAUAAAACGCGAUCCUCGAUACCGUUUAUAUUUAAACUUUAAAUUUUCUGUUUGUAACAUUUAAUCCUUGUUUUAAAUUUGAUUUACUUCAAUUGUUUUCAAUUUUUAUAAGAAGUGUUGCCUAAUUCUUUGUUAAAGUAAGUAAUUUUGUUUUCUUAUUCGUAUUAAAAUGACUGGAAAAAGGGACGUAAAAUGCAAACUAGAAAUUGAUGAACCAAAAGCAAAAGAAUGCCCUGAAGGAAAAUUUAUUGAUCCUGCCAGUCUCAUGGAAAAGGGGAAAUUCGUUUUUAAAGUUCCUCCCGAAGCUCCAGUUUUUGAACCCACUGCAGAGGAAUUUAAAGAUCCAUUGAAAUAUAUUGCUAAAAUAAGGAGUGUUGCUCAAGAAACUGGAAUUUGUAAAAUCAGACCUCCAUCAAAUUGGCACCCUCCAUUUUGUGUUGAUGUAGACAACUUUAAAUUUACACCGCGUAUUCAAAAGCUUAAUGAAUUAGAUGCAAGUACUAGAGUCAAACUAAAUUUUUUAGAAAAAAUUGCAAAAUAUUGGCAUUUACAAGGAAUUCGUAUUAAAAUACCUGUUUUAGAACAAAGAGCAGUAGAUUUAUAUUCUCUUUAUAAAAUCGUAGAAUUUGAAGGUGGUUUUAAUGAGGUUUGCUCAGAAAGAAAAUGGAGCAAAGUGGCUAGUCGUAUGGGUUACAUAUGCGAAAAAUCAUCUGGUACCGUUUUAAAAGGUCACUAUGAAAGAUGGCUAAAUCCGUUUUCACUUUUUCAUGCUACAAUUAAAGAUGAAAUUUAUUAUAAGCCAGUAAAGAGAGAGACUCUGGUUAAUAUUAAAGAAGAAGGUUCUUCUACUUCAAAUUCACCCAACAAACGAGCUAGACUUAGUCCUGAUGAUGAAAAAGACAUGGAUGAUUAUAUAAAAGAUCCAUUUUAUCUUAUGGAGAAUAAGGAAUUAAGAAAAUUGCAAUUUUUCGGUGCUGGGCCCAAGAUGGCAGGGUUCAGUUCAAAAUGUCGAAUAGGACAUUUAAAAACAAAAGAAACUAAAAAGUCUAAAAGAAAUCGAAAACCUACAGUUGUUGAUGAUUUAGAAAAGUAUUAUUGUCAAAAAUGUGGUAGUGGUAAAUAUGAAGAGACCAUUUUAAUUUGUGAUGGAUGUGAUUUAAGUUUCCAUAUGCAAUGUUUAAUAAUUCCAUUAACUACUGUUCCUAAAGGUGAAUGGAGAUGUCAUAAAUGUGUGAUUAAUGAAGUGAUUAAACCUAGUGAUGCAUUUGGAUUUGAACAAGCACAACGCGAGUAUACUCUUCAACAGUUUGGAGAAAUGGCCGAUCAAUUUAAAUCUAAAUAUUUUAAUAUGCCUGUUCAUCUUGUUCCUACAGACAAAGUUGAACAGGAAUAUUGGAAAAUUGUUUCAUCUAUUGAUUCUACAGUCAUAGCAGAAUAUGGUGCUGAUUUACAUACUAUGGACCAUGGUUCAGGAUUCCCUACGAGUCUUGCUCUUUGUGGUAAUGAAGAUAAUACAUUUUAUAAGUCUUAUAUAGAAGAUCAUUGGAAUUUAAAUAAUAUACCAAUAUUGAAAGAUUCUGUUCUUAGUUUCAUUAAUGCUGAUAUAUCUGGCAUGAAAGUACCAUGGAUGUAUGUUGGUAUGUGUUUUUCCACAUUUUGUUGGCACAAUGAAGAUCAUUGGAGUUACUCAAUUAAUUAUUUACAUUGGGGUGAACCAAAAACUUGGUAUGGAGUACCUGGAAGUGCUGCAGAAGCUUUUGAAGAUGUUAUGAAGGAGACAACUCCAGAAUUGUUCCAUUCCCAACCAGAUCUUCUUCAUCAGUUAGUUACUAUUUUAAAUCCAAAUAUAUUAAUGAAAGCAAAUAUUCCAAUAUACCGAACUGACCAGCGUGCUGGUGAAUUUGUUGUUACUUUUCCAAGAUCUUAUCAUACUGGAUUUAAUCAAGGAUAUAAUUUUGCGGAAGCAGUCAAUUUUGCUCCUGCUGACUGGAUAUCAAUGGGUCGCGAAUGUGUUAAUCACUAUUCAUCUCUCAAACGAAUAUGUGUGUUUUCUCAUGAUGAACUUAUAUGUAAUAUGGUAAGCUCAUGUGAUGACCUAGCACCUAAAGCAGCUGAACUUGUGUAUGACGACUUAAAUGAAAUGGUAAAAUUUGAAAGGGUUCAACGUAAAGCACUUUUAGAUUGGGGUGUAACUGAAGCAGAUUUUGUUGAAUUUGAGCACCAGGUAGAUGACCUUAGACAGUGUAUGGUAUGUAAUACUACCCUAUAUGUAUCUGCAGUAUCCUGUUUGUGUGAUCCUAAAAGACUUGCAUGUCUCCGGCAUUUUAAACAGCUUUGUAACUGUCCCGCUCAAAUGCAUGUAUUUAAAUAUAGAUAUACCCUUGAUGAAUUCCCCCCUUUAUUACGAAAAGUGAAAGCUAAAGCUGAAAUAGCUUAUGAUGAUUAAUAUAUUUCGUUUGUACACAACUGUACAUAUUUAAGCUUUUCUUGACAAACAUAACCAAAAUAUGAAAUUAUAGAAACAAAUGUAAAAUUAGAUGUAUUCAAUAUACAUACAUAUUUUAAGAAAUUAUAUUUUUGCAUCUCUAGAUAUCUGUUUAUAAUGUAUUAUGUCCUUCCUUUUUAGGAUAUUUUAUAAGUAAGUCUUAAAAUAUAAAAAAAAAUUCACUUAUAAGAUUACAUAUUGUUGAAUAAUGUUCAUUAUCUAAAUGUAAUUGUGUAUUUUUAUACACUUACUUAAAUGUACCUAUUAAAUUAGUUUGUAACUUUUUCUCAUUGAAUUAUUUGACUUUAAUAACUGAUAAUUGUUUUAAUUUAACUUAUGUAAUAAAUCUUUACAUUUUAUUAUUUACUAGAAAUUCAUAUACCUUAGAAUUACUAAUCCUUGUUCAUUUUCAGUUAUACUUGGCAUUAUUUUAUUUAAAAAUGUUAUUUGCUUUUAUAGAAUACUUUAUUUAUUUUCAAGAUAAAUAACAAUAUUUCCGAACAUAAUUGAAACUAAUUUAUGUAUUCUAACCAAAUCAAACAGUGUAAAAUGGUUUAUUUGAUCUCUAAAAUAAUAUACAAUUUUGUUUUACAAUAUGCUUAAUUGUGUUUUUUAUUUUAUUUUCAAGAAGAUAGAUUUUUAAAUUUUAAGUUCCUAUAUGAAUAUUGACUUUUUAUAUCAAUCUACAAACUUCUUAGUUUAUCAUUAUUUUUAGUACAUAAUAUGUUUAUAAUUUAAUGUUAUUGAUCAGUUGAUUUCGAUCAUAUUAGUAUUGACUUUAUAUGCUUAAUGACUUUAUUUUUUUCAACAAAUGAGUUUCCUCUUAAAAUUAUAUCACUGUUUUUAUGGUGCAAAUACAAUUGAAUGAUAGUUAUUUAUAUAAAACAAAUAUUUUAUCUUGUUAUAUUGAAAGUAUUAACUUUUCUUGUAAUAUUAAAAUUAUAUAAGUAAUAUUUUAUAAUAAUGAUUUGAACAAAUUUAUAUUUUUUCUAAUGAUUAGCUGUAUGUUAUAUAAUAAAAUACAGUUUAUAUAUUUUAAUUUCUAGUGAAGUAUAUUUUUAAGAAAACAUUAGUUAAUGUUUUUUUUUUUUUUGUAAUGUUCUGUGUAUUUAUUUUUUAGAUCUAAGUAUCUCUUCAGAC